AUAAGCUUUGUGUAUUAUUUAAAAGAGCUAGUCUCCCUAGUUUUGACGCGCUGAUAAGCCCACCCCCCCCACACGUGUCUUCUGUGCUGACUCAACAUGGUACCCAUAGCCCUACAGUCAACUUCAGCUGCAUUAGUUGUGUUGCUGUGUGAGUGCCAAACAUCCAGGCAUUUGCUUUUUCACUGAUGUGACAUAUAAGAGUGAACAGCGAAGCGUGUAGACUCUCAGGAUUGUCUGCUGGUCCUUCUCUGGUGACAUCUUUUGGCCCCUCACCCUGAUCAGACCAGUAUGGCUACUGGUGAUGAUGAUGAUCCCAUCAUAGAGGAGAUUGACGUUUACCUUUCCAAAAGCCUCGCAGACAAACUCUAUCUUCUCCAGUACCCUGUGCGACCGAGCUCCAUGACCUAUGAUGACGUCAACCAUCUGUCAGCUAAGAUCAAACCCAAACAACAGAGGCUGGAGCUGGAAAUGGCAAUCAACACAAUGAGUCCCAACUACUGCCGUAGUAAAGGAGAACAAAUCGCUCUGAAUGUUGACGGGACGUCCCACGAUGAGACAAACACCUACUCCACGAAGCUAAUGGACAAACAGACAUUCUCCUCCAUUCAGGCCACCACCAACACCUCUAGAUAUGCGGCUGCUGUGUUUCGCAAAGGUGAGCUGCAUAUCACCCCUCUGACAGGAAUCCUGCAGAUGAGACCCAGCUUCUCUUACUUGGACAAAGCAGACAGCAAAACUCGGGAGCGGGAGGCGGCCAAUGAAGGAGGAGAUUCCUCUCAGGAUGAAGCUGAGGAGGAAGCCAAAGCCAUUACUGUCAGGUUUUCGAGGCCUGAGUCUGAGCAGGCCCGACAAAGAAGGAUCCAGUCCUACGAGUUCUUGCAGAAGAAGCAGGCAGAGGAGCCCUGGAUCCACCUGCAGUACCAUGGUGUUAAGGAGAGCCGCUCGGAUCAUGAAAGGCAGUACCUCUUCUGUCAGUCAGUGGACGCCUCGCAGAACUCAGAGCUGGUCAAAACUCCAAAGGAGUACUUGGCCAUGCUGAUGCCCCCCCUGGAAGAGGAGAAAAUCGCUAAGCCCGUUGGUCCCAGUAACGUACUCUCCAUGGCUCAGCUCCGCACUCUGCCACUUGGAGACCAGGUUAAGACCCUGAUGAAGAACGUCAAGGUGAUGCCUUUUGCCAACCUGAUGGGCCUUCUCGCCACCGGCACCGAUCAGACAGCAGUUCUGCGAUGCAUCCAGCAGGUUGCACUCCUGGUGCAGGGAAACUGGGUUGUAAAGAGUGAUGUUCUGUAUCCUAAAAACACCUGCAGUGCUCACAGUGGUGUUCCUGCAGAAGUGCUCUGUCGUGGUAGAGACUUCGUGAUGUGGAGGUUCACACAGGAGCGCUCCGUCAUGAGGAAGGAGAUCACAUCCAUCAUCAAGCUUCCCCCAGAGGACGUGAAGGAGUUCCUGGAGCAUGUAGCGACACCUCGGGUCAACCGCGGAUGGGAGUUCCUGCUGCCCACUGAUGUGGAUUUCAUUAAGAAGCACCCAGACGUUGCUCACAGACAGAACAUGCUGUGGCUCGGCAUCCAGAGCAAGUUAGAGAAAGUCUUCAACAUCUCCAAAGAAGACUUUGUGCCAAAGAAUCCCCCUCAGCCUGAUCCUGUUCAUGUCAGCGGAGAGCAGCGACUGAUGAUCGCCCAGGACCAAGCUAAAGAAAAGCAGGCAUCGCUGCAAAGGGAGCUGGAAGCCAGACGUGCACAGAGCGGCCUUCAGAUUAAACAGGAGCCCAUCCAGGACGUGGAGCCGAUGGACGCGUCGCCCUCUUUCCCUAACGGUUCUGUAAAUGGUUACUCCAGUGCCAGCUCCCCCUGCUUGGAUCAAACUAACGGAGGGAGCCCCUCCAGCAGCCCGGCCCCGGAGCUGCUGGAGUUUGUGACAAACACUUUUCGUAAGAACGUCGUGCUGACGCUGAAUGAGCUGAAGAGACUCUUUAACCUCUACCUGGCUUCCAUGCCGGCGGGACAACACGGUUUUAGCUCCAUUUCUGACCACAUGCUGCAGGACGCUGCACUGCUCUGCCAGUGCAAACAGAUCAUGGUGCCUUUUCCUGCUCAGAGUAAAGCGGCUCCUGACGAAAGGAAGGUGUUUGGUCUUUGGGAGACAGGCGAGGACUUCGAUAAGCAUCGCCAUCUGCUCUACAACCUGUUCUCCAAAAAUUACCGGAUCAGGAGGAGCGUGGUUCAGGCCAAACUUGCUCAGGAGUUGGGAGACGUGUCCAAAGCCGAAGUCGAUCGGCUGCUUCAUGAGUGCUGCAUGAGCAGUGCAGGGUUCUGGUACCUGAAGGGAACGUUACAGUCCUGACCCUAAAAACCUGCCUGCCUUCGGCCACCGACAGAUAACCCAACAGUGUCCGAUGGGAGGACAGACGACAGCCAAUCACAGCAGCCGUUCAGGUCUGAGAGCCAGAGACUGGAGGAUGGCGACGUCAGCUGCGUUUUCUGCUCCAAAGAAACUUCACAAUAAUGUGAAAAAUGACUCCUUAACACAGCAGGAGGGGGGAAAUUUUAAAUCUCUCAAAGCUGGAGACACUGGGAAGAAGUGGAUUAAAAAUACAAUAAAGAAAUAGUUGAAUAGAAAUGAAGUUGGGCGUUUUCUGCUUUUUUUUUUUUUUAAAAUAACCAGGAUGGUGUGUAAAUGUCAAACAUUUCAUGCUUCUAUUGUUUUACUCCUCUUUUUGUCAGAAAGCACGGUUCAGUUAACCACAUUAGGACCUCAUGAGGAGAUGACUUAUUCAGUUAAGGAUCCAUUAAUUUAAUUCUUGCUUUGGGUUCAGAUCACUAUUUUCAUCCUUAGUGAAAUUUGGAAAGUUGUGAAGCUUGAUUGAAACAAAAUGAUCAGCAUCUGAAGACAAAAGGGAUACUUUAUGCAUAUCAAUUUAAUUCUGAAACGUUUUUUUUUUUUUUGUGGGGACCAGACGUCUCCAUCAAUCAGAUCUGUAAUGACUGCUAAACUCUGAGAGGUAAAGUGAAUUCAAUGCUACUGUAAAGUUGGCUUCAUGAGCUGAACACCUUUUUAAAUAUUUCUUUCAUUGGUUAUGAGAGAUUUACUCUGAUAACAACCAAUAAAAAUGCAUU